CAUUUGCGUAUAUCAUUAUGUAAAACAUUUGCGUGUAUUUUCAAACACUCUGAAUUAAAAAUUUUCAACUUACCAAAUUCACAACAUAUUUUUCUAGUGAUCUUACUUGUCAAAAAGGUAGUUAAUUAAAAUGGCGAAUCCCCAAAAUAUAUCCAAAAAUUUGAAUUAUGUCAUGUAAAAUUUAGCGUUUUUUUAUUUUUGUGUAAUUUAGUGCGCAAUAUGAUGUGAAGUUUAGAAAAUGCAUUAACAAAAUUUAUGGUGGAAGUUAACAAGUAAUGAUGGAUAAAUCUGAUUCCGAUGAUAUAGAGUGUAAUUCCACAAGAGAUAUAACAAAGUCUACAAAAGAACAGUUCAAAUCAAGAGAUUCAGUUGACAAUCCAUUUCCAAGGACCAAGAUUAUCCCACAGGAACCUACCAUUUGUCCAGAUUCUUGGCUGGUAGGAGGCUGCUUAGGUUCUCGUAAUGCCAUACUGGUAUUUAAAAGUUCAGCUCUUGCAAAUCCCACAGUUCAUAGCAGUCAGAACAAGCCUGGAUUUAAAUUACACAUAACAUAUAAGGUACUGCAAGCUGAGACUAAGUUGCUAGCAAAAUUAUUGGAUUGUCAUGGCGUUAUGGAGGUGCCGCCUAAUUCCAGCGAUUUCAAUUUAUUGUGGACAGGAUCACAUCCAAAACCAGGUAUGUUAAGAUCCCUGGCUCCUCAUCAAAGAGUGAAUCAUUUUCCUAGAUCCUAUGAGUUGACACGGAAAGACAGACUAUACAAAAACAUCGAACGAAUGCAACAUGCCAAAGGUCUUAAACACUUUGACUUUAUACCUCAGACAUUUGUCAUGCCUACAGAAUUUAGAGAACUUUGUUCAACACACCAUAGAACUAAAGGACCUUGGAUUGUUAAACCUGUAGCAUCGAGUAGAGGUAGAGGAAUAUUCAUUGUAGAAACUCCCAAUCAAGUGCCUCUAGAAGAACCUGUUGUAGUAGCCAAAUAUAUUUCUAACCCCUUGUUAAUAGCUGGUCAUAAGUGCGAUAUCAGACUGUAUGUUGUAGUUACCAGUUUUGAUCCGUUAAUCAUUUACAUUUACGAAGAAGGUCUAGUCAGAUUUGCAACAGUCAAAUAUGAUGCUAGUCACAAACAGCUCUGGAACCCAUGUAUGCACCUGUGUAAUUACAGCAUUAAUAAGUACCAUAGCGAUUAUGUAAAAUCAGAUGAUCCGAGUGCAGAAGAUGUGGGCCACAAGUGGACACUGAGCGCCUUAUUGAGGCAUUUGAAAUCGGAUGGUAAAGAUACAGCAAUGUUGAUGUCUCAGAUUGAGGAUGUAGUUAUUAAGGCCAUCCUAGCUUCUGCAAAUUCUAUUAUAUGUGCCUGCAAGAUGUUUGUGCCCAAUACAAAUAACUGCUUUGAAUUGUUUGGUUUUGAUAUUUUGAUUGACAGCAAUCUUAAACCAUGGCUUUUGGAAGUAAAUUUGUCGCCUUCAUUGAACUGUGAUAGUCCUCUAGAUGUUAGGUUAAAGUCUGCAAUGUUGGCAGAUCUUUUAACUCUUGUAGGUAUUCCAGCUGUAGAUCCUAUUUUGAGGCCUGCGUCCACUGUUAAUUUAUCGAAAGGCAGUUUAAACUUAAAAAUGAAACUCAGUAAUUGUCGCCGGGUACAUUCAGCAGAUGGUCUAAGCAAUACAUUUCCAAAAAAGCAACCAUCCAAUAUAUUCGCAAACACUAGAAUUUCGACCGCUUCGUUGCAGCCUACGCCCGAGGAAACCAGAAUUUUAAAAAAUGCUAAAGCGCAGUUUGAAAGGAGAGGCGGUUUUGUGAGAAUCUUUCCCGCUUUAGAUAGUUGGGCAAAAUACUCACAGUAUUUAGAUGCAAUUACUGGUAUUCCAGUCUCGGGAAUAGCAUCUAGUUCUUACAAUGUAAAUGUUAGCCACAACUAUAAUUAUUUAUUAUACACUAGUUGUUUUACGGACUAUUCCAAGUUGCCUCAAUCUAAUGAGAGGCCUUCAUCCAGAGUAAAACUCACAUCUAUGUAUGGGACAAGAGAUUUAUCGGUGGACAAUAAACUAGCGAGACUUAAUGACAGACAGGAUAGAUAUGAAAGGAUGUUGAGUCGUGGACAUAAACAAGCCCUUGUGCCUUGUAAAAAAGUGUUAGAAUCACAGGGUGCUGAACUACACCAAAAAAUUAUGGAGAUGCUGAAAAGUGGCAAGAAAAUUACCCAAGCAGAAGCUAGAAAAACGUUUAGCCAAUAUUUAGUUUGUAGAUUAAAAAAGAUCGUGAGCUCUCCAGAAGAGGAGGAACAUAUUGAAAUAGUGCUUAAGUUUUUGCAAAAGGCAUCUAAUUAUCUUAGAACACCAUACAGCGUUAAAUCCCCAAGUACCAAACUUGAAGCCAAAGAUAGAGCAGCUAUUGUUGCAAAGCAACUUAACGAUUUUUUGUAUCUAUACAAUCGAGAAACGGAGAUGUAUAUUGAGAAUGCAGAUAAAUCAAGUGAAAUACCGCACGACUUGUAUAGCGAAUUUUUGGAACAUGCUAGGGAACGCGACCUUGAAGAAAUAUUAAUUCAACAAACAACUAAAGCAAUACCAGAUUCUGGGGGUCCAACAGGUUUCCGAGGUGUGCUAAAGUGCAUUCCUAAUGUAGACAAACAUUACAGCAUUAGGCCUGCAUUCAAGCCAAACAAGCUCUGCAAGGGAGUGAAAAUUGCAACCCUAUCGUGAUCAUUAAUUUUUUUUUCUUUUUUCAGUAUUAGGAAUGUUACCAAGUUCUGUAUUACUUAUUUUGACAUUUGUUUGGAAAUAGUGUCAUGAUUAUUUUUUUUUAAAUCAUUUUAAUAAUAUUAAAUAAAUGUUUUUAAAAAGUUUAUUUAUAACAUGUCUUAUAUCUCAGCUUUGGGAGAGAAUAGUACAUUUUUUUGGUGUAAUUUUGGGACAGAAAAGUUUUUUUUUUUUAGUGUAAUUUUGGACCUUUUGUACUUAUUACCUACUUUUUUAUCUAUUUAUUUUUUUGCAGCAGUCGAAACGUUUCUGUGAUAGUAACAUUUUCGAAGUCAUUUUUUUUGUUAAUAUCAAACUAUAUACUGAGCCUAUUUGUAAAAAAACUGACUUAUUUUAAGAUAAGGUGAACAAUCAUAAAUUCAAUUUUGGCUUUUAUAAAAAAAAUAACAACUAAAUUAAGAACCCACACCUUUUUUUGUUCAACACGAUGAAAACAUUUGAUAGACAAUUAAGCAACUAAGAAUAUCCCAAGUGACUUAAUGUAAUUUAUAGUGGAACAUACAAGUGCGCAGGCGACUGACUAUUAAUGCAAUUCAUGUUACGAUGUCAAUUCAGCAUUUGUCUGUAGAUUCGAUACAAGAAUGUAAUUUUCAGGAAAGAAAGGAAUUAAAUUAUAUUAUCGAUGUUAGAAAUUUAUAGAAAUCUGCCCAUAUAUUGAACAAUAAUUCAAUUCUUAAUCGAUUUUUCUAAGCCAAUGCCAAAAUUAAUUGUUAGUUGUUAUUUUUUUUUUAACUUCUAUUGGGGUCUUUCACAAUCUAAACACCAAGUUAUUCAAAAAAUGCAGGCCUUCAGGACAUAAACUAAAUAUUUUUUGUUUGCUAGGAUCAUAUAUGCAGUGUUUCACUUUUUUCCCUUAAGAAACUACUUGUAUUGCAAGACAAAAUGGUAAAAAGUUACUUCGUAGUAACAAUACAGGUAUUUAUAAAUCAGAAGUUCCUUUUGUUUUAUACUGGUUUAAUUUAAUGACUUUUGGGUGAAAUUUGUUCUAAAAAUAUGGCUUUUAUAUGGUCUUUACUGGUUUAACGAAAUUUUCAUAAAAAAUGAAUCAAUUUGUUUAUGGGAAAAACGUGAAACAAUUUGUAAUAAUACUUAUUUUGUUGGGUUUAUGUUUUUUAAUUAGUUGGUUUUAUGCUUAUGUAUACUUAUGUUACUAUUUUUGUAUUUGCUCAAUGAUUUAUUAAAUAAUUUAUUAUUUAACUUUUUGUUUUAAGUUGUAAGUCAAUAUACCCGGUUAUCUCUUUACCUAAUAAGCUGCCAACUUCAACUGAAAGAAUGUAUGAGUAAAAUUUAUGCUUUCUUUUUUUUUUUCUUGCUUUUUAUAAUUUGUAUUUUAUUUAGUUUCACGGCAAGUAUGUUUUUCCCCAAUAUGCUACAAUUUCAAAAACAAUGAAAAACAAAAACAACUGAAAGGUAAUUAGCAUUACAUAGUAAAUAAAUCUGCAAAUUAUUUACUAAUUUUUUUUUUCUGGCUAUAUAUUUGUUCUUAUUUUCUUAACUUUUUAAACGCCCUAUUGUUAGGAAACAAGCAACUGUUCUAUAAUUUAAGCGCGGUUGGCUGUUGCCAUGUCUCAGAUACCUGUUCUGUGCAUUAUAUGGACAGCAGUCGGUAUAAAAAUAAAUUAAAACUUGCAAAGAAAAUUUUCAAUAAAGAUUGAGUGUAAAAAACGUUGAUGUACAUGGAUGCCAAUUUAAUCGACGAAAAUGUAAUACAACAAAUGCGACAUUUAUACAACGAUGUAGUUUAACAGAUAUUACGCGAUUAAAUGUUAAGGUAAACCUCAUAGUACAAGCUUAACAUUGCAUUGUGAUAAAUAUUGUAAUGCUUAUUUAUUAUUGCAAUUUUAUAAUAACUGACUGUGUCAAUUGGUAAACUAUUUGUAAUUUAUUUUUUUAAUAAAUGUUCUAGCGCCCAUAUAUUUUAUUGGGUGUUUUGCACGGUUUAUACAUUAGAAAGUCUGUAGUAUCUGUCGUUUAUUUUGAAUAUUUUGUUAUCUUGUAAUGUCUUAAAUAAUACUUUUGAAAUUUUCAACUUUGUGUAGUUCCCUUUUUUUUUUAUUCAAUAUUCAUUAUAAAUUAUCUUUUCUUAUUCGAGGCUUGCUUCAGUUUUGUUAAUUCCCGUUUAUUAAUUGAAAUAAUAUGUUUAAGUCAUAUCCCCAUAUGUUUCAAAUAGCUUGUUUUACUAUUUUAAUUGACAAAUAUUCAAAAGUUAGCAGGACCAAAAGGGAAGACAUACGAGUAUAACUGAUGUUAUGUUCUAUUACAAAGUUUUGACUUCAUGUACAGUGUUGUUGGUUGUAAAUUGCACAAAUCUCCGAAAUUCGGAAAGAUGGUUCGGUGCGGUUUUCUCAAUACCAUGUCGUAUCGCUUCAUUUUUGAGAAACAAUUUUUUAGUAUAGAAUGCCAUGUCAAAAUAAGCGUCCUACGCUAUCAGGUCAAGAUGUUAUGGGACACUUUUACAUUUUUUAUCGGGACACCCUGUAUAUUUACUUAUUUUUAUUCAGCUUCUUUUCAGAUUAUAUAAUUAAUGGAAGUAUAUUGUAAGAAUAAUAUAAAAGCACGGGCCGCCGACAUAUAAUUUGCAAAUUGUGAGGCAUCAUUUCGAAAAAAUUUCGACAACGCAAAAGUGUACGAAUAAUGUACGGAUCAAAAUGGCAAUCAGUUCUAGUAGUUUUUUGAUGGAUUUUUUAUGAAUUAUGGCUUACUCUAAAAACAAUUUUAAGUUUAAAAAUUUAAACUGUAGACUUAUUUUCGAAAUAUUUGUAAAUAACUAUAUAUUUUUGGAGAAGCUGAAAAAUAUACCGGGUGUUCCAUUAAAAUUGAAAAGCAGGAUCCCAUAACUUUUUGAUCUGAUCCUGUAUUGCGGCAUUUAAGGUAUAUAAGAAACACGUUUUUCCUCUUCGAUUAGUUGAGAAUACAAACAUUUCAUUUUCAGUUUCGACCCGUAUCUCAAGUAUGAAUUGAGAUCAAACAAUUUUGUAGGAAAAAGUAUUGCGAUAUCCAUUUUAAUUUGAGUUUGUUAAAAAUUAAUAUCGCUUUUCUCAUCAUUAUUAUAGAUAUUCGUACAAUACCGUUAUAGUUAUAGAUACUACAUACCGAUAUAUUAUGGAAUUAUUGAAUCUUCGUUCGAAGAUAAGUAGCUACAAUAAAAGUCUCUGGAAAUCUCUUUCUUAUUUCUAGGGUUGUGGAAUUGACCGAAAUAAUUUAAAAAUAACCAGGAAAUUUAUAUUUAUUUAUACUAUAAUUAUAAUAGACUUUGGUUGUAAAUUCAGAGGAUUCACGCAUGACGGGUAUCAAAAACUGGUAAAAAUGAGUUAAAUCCUUGUCGAAGUCGAGAACGUUAGUAACAGUUGGUAGCUAAUGGUGGGAAUAUACAAAACUGUACAAACCUGACAUUGAAGAUUUUUCAUUGUGACUCCGGAAUAAGCUUGUAUAAGUAGUGACCUAGUUAUGGCUGUAAACACAGCAUCCUAUUAUAAUGGACUUAUUACUAUAUAUAAUUGAAGUCUUGUUUAAUACAUUCCAUUUUUCAAAUUCUACAGCGUUGUUUGUUGACGUAACAGUUUUAAUGAAUUACAAUAAAAAUAGUUUUAUGCGUUUUCCAUAUUCGGCAUAAAUAUUUGCCAGAUUUAUUGUUCUUGCAUUUGAAAUAAAAAAUUCGCAGAUCAAAUUUCCUAUUUUAUUUUUGUGGUUAUUUCUGAAUCGACCAAGAAUUUUCUGACAAUAUAUCUAUUUCCGUGAUAUUCAUGUCCUUGCGCGAAAACAAUAUUUCUAAACGACACAUUUUCUUAUUUUAGUCGGCGUUGCCAAAUAGGCGGUGUAUAAAUGAUGAGGAAACGAAGUGUGAAUAAUUUGAGCUUGUCUAUUAGAACAUACCAUAUAGCUAUUAAAUUUAUUAUAAUAAGUAAAAAAUAAAUAUAUUAGUAAAAAUUGAUGCGCCGCAGGGAAUGAUUUCCCGGGCAUGCUUCUACAUUUCACCUAUUGA